AUGGAAGAAGAUACGAUGGCCGAAGUGUGGUCAUUUCCCACCGACGUUUCCAAGUUUAAUGAGGACGAGCGCAUCUCCUUUUCGAAGCUCGACGGCAAAUACAUUGCAGUUCAAGAAGACGGGAACGAAUUCGAGUUUGAUCAGGCGCUGAAGAGAUGGAUUCCGCACGCGGAUGACGACGAGAACGACAUGGCCGUGGCCGCACAACUGGCCGCGUACGGCGAUAGAGAUACAAUGGAGGAUGGCCGCGAUCCUAAAAAGAAUGGCGUUGCGAGGCAGGGUCAGAAGCGAAAGCAAGACCAAGCGUACGGCCACGAGCCAUCAGACACAAGUGGAAAGCGACGAAAUGACGCAAGCAGCAGCGGCGGCGCCCUGGGCAUCAGUAAGAGGGCUCGGGCAGCACAGACGGCCCCAAAGCCGAGGCAGAACACGGCUGUCUACGUCACGGGCCUCCCAUCAGACGCGACGGUCGACGAGGUGGCAGAGCUAUUCUCACGCAAAUGCGGGGUGAUCGCAGAGGAGAUCGACUCGGGACGUCCGCGCAUAAAGCUAUACACAGACGCCGACGGCCAGUUCAAGGGAGACGCGCUCGUUGUCUUUUUCAAGCCGCAGAGUGUGGACAUGGCCAUCAUGCUACUGGACGACACAGAGUUCCGGUUCUCGCCGACUGCAGCAGACGCCCCGCGCAUGCGCGUGCAGGCAGCUGACGCAAGCUACAAGAAGACAAGUUACGGCGAGGCAGGCGCCCCGGGGGGCAAUUCGUGCUCUGGACUGGCAGCUGCAGGAACAGCAAGUGGCGGGCAACGGACCUCGACUGCGGGAGAGGGUCAAACAAAAGCAGGAGCAAGAGGCAACCAGGACAAGCAGAAGAUCAUCAAGAAGACGCAAAAGCUUGAUGCCAAGCUGGCAGACUGGAGCAGUGACGAAGAGCGGCCUUUCGGAGAUGGUGGCGGUGGCGGUGGCAGCGGCGGCAUCCGCAGUUCUAAGUGGGACAAAGUAGUGGUGCUGAAGCACAUGUUUACUCUGGAAGAGCUUGAAGAGGAUGCGGCAGCUCUGCUGGACAUCAAGGAAGACAUCCGGGAGGAAUGUGCCAAGCUGGGCGAGGUGACCAAUGUGGUGCUAUUCGACCAGGAGGCAGCAGGCGUGGUUAGCGUAAAGUUCCGGACAACGGCGGCAGCAGCAGCAUGCGUGCGGCUGAUGGAUGGGCGAGCGUUUGCCGGUCAAGUGGUCGAGGCGAGCAUUGCAACAGGACGGGAAAAGUACAAGAAAGCAAAGAGUGGCGAUGGGGAGGACGAAUCCGAAGAGGACUGA